AUGGGUAGUGUUGUCAUUUCGUUGAGUCACACCACGAUCCUAUUUGUAAUCGCACUGAUUUGUUGCCAAUUCUGUACUUUGAUAGAUACAGUUAGCGACUUUUUCAAAUCAAGUUCAAAACUUCUAGUUAGCAUCAAGCAUCCGUUAUCCUUUAAGAAAUCGAUAAAUAUUGAAAAACUUGUUGACGCUGUAAGUCAAUUGAUUUCGACUUCGGCUGAAAUCAACGGGAUUUAUACUCACCAAUUACUCAUCGUUGUCCUCAUGUGCUAUGUGUCUAUCACCUCACAUCUUUAUUAUAUCUACCUAAACGCCAGUUCUAAUAUUGCUUUGAAACAUUUCUAUAUUCCUGGAGACUGCUUAAUGAUCCUAUAUCGCUUUUUUCUGAUUUGGCGAACCAUUCAUUCAGCAACUUCAAUUUCCUAUAAGUCCAAGGAAUUUAACGUUCUGCUCUACCAGCUCAUGAUUGAAGACACCACCAAUGAUUUUCUACAUAAUGAAAAGUUGAAGUUGCACAUUGCGAUGAAGAGAGAAGUCGUGUUUACUGCUUGUGGCUUUUUCAAAUUGGAUUACACUUUGCUACAUUCAAUGAUCGCUUCAGUUACAACAUAUUUGGUUAUCUUGAUACAGUUUGGAGAACCUGUGAACUAG